AUGCGCGGCUUCGGCUUCAAGGACAAUGGCUUCUUCAUCUGUACCGAGACCACUCCGAGAUGUUUUGUUAUUCAAGAGGUGAGGAAUUAUCAAACUUUGCGUAAAUCUGAUGAGUCAUCGUUUUGGCCAAGUCCAGAGGUCACGUCAUUUCGACUUUUCGAUAACUUCGUUUGCAGAACACCACGUGAUUUUGUUUAUUUACCCUUUUAUUUACUCCCUCUCUUAAGGUGAGCGAUGUGAAUCGCGCCUUGAAUGACAUAAACAAGAACUCGGCCCGGAAUGGCGACAACAAUCGACAGCCACCGGCCGAGUCGUCGCCUCACAUCCCCUUCCUCCCGUGGUGGUUCACUUCCGAAUGUAGACAGCAACUCCUCAGCGUGCCUGGCCCUCAAGGCCGUUCCACACCCUCAGGCUAUGAGCCUUCUUCGACCCCCGAACCCCCAUCCCGAUUAUCCCCCGAACAGUUGAAUCAGCGCCUAAAGAAUCAGCUCGAAUACUACUUUAGUCGGUAAGGGACAGGAUGACAUUUAAAUAUUCCAAAUUUAGGGAGAAUCUGAUGAAUGACAGAUAUCUGAGGUCGCAGAUGGACGCCGAUCAAUACGUGCCUAUCAAGACCGUAGCGGGAUUCCCGAAGGUCUCCAAGUUGACGGAUGACUUCAAUUUGAUUGUACAGGUACUCCGAGGUAAGAAUUUUGCAGAUUUUAGUAUUCUAAGUACGUUUUUAUCUCAUGAAGACCUCAAAUCCCAUCAAAUAUUUUUCUGUUGUGAAUGUGUAAAAAGUCCUUCAGCUCUAAUCCACCAAUGAAUAAUUUUUUCAGACUCUCCUCAAGUCCAAGUAGACGAGUCGGGCCUGAAAGUGCGGCCAUGUAACAAGCGAUGCACGAUAAUCUUGCGUGAAAUCCCCGAGGACGCAAAGGAAGAGGAGGUUAAGGCCAUGUUUGAUGACUGUGUCAACUACGUGUCGCUGAGUUACGGACUCAACAACAGCUGGUAUGUGACAUUCGCGACCGAGGAGGAUACCCAGAAGGCCUUCAUGCAUCUGCAGAGCCUUGGCCGGACGUUUCGUGGCAAGCCCAUUUAUGUGAGUUGCGCUUGCCAUAUGGGAUGUGUUUAAAAGUUGUUCAUCUAGGUCCGCGUUUGGAAUAAUUAUAUUGUAUUAUAAUUCAAUUUAAUAUAGACAAUUAAAACUUUACUUGAAUAGACAGAAAAAAUAUAAAUUAAAUCAUAGGAUGAUCUAAAAUAGCGUAAUAAUUUCAGGCGCGCAUAAAGACAGGUGGAGCGCCGAUUGUAACAGAUUCGUAUCAGUUCGGAGCCGAGGACAAGAUCACGACCAAUGCCGGCACUGCUUACAAAACGAAUGUGGGGAUGUCACCGGGCGGGGAGACCGUGAUAACAGGUCAGAUCACCAUCCACGACCUUCCCUUCGCCAUCAAUGACAUUCCCAAGACCUCCAAUGACAAGGAGAACUCCAGUUUCUCUUUGGGUCAGAUUCUGGCCAGCUCUGGAUUUGUUCCGAGAGCCAGUUUUCGACCGAGUGUUACUAGUACGGCCGCCAUGGCUGCGGCUCAGGGAACGGACAACAGUGGGGCUGCAAUGCCUGCAUUCAGCACUCCGACGGUCCCAGCUUCCAUGCCCAUCUCGGUGGGGUCUCUACAGAACAAAUUCUUGAGUAAUCGAGGAUAUUCUACUGGUAAGACUAAAGAAUUUGCUUUUUUGGUAAACGUUAUUGUCAUACAUAUGUAUACAUCUUCAAAAACUGGUGUUUAUCUUUAUUUAUUCUAGAAAAACCAUCCAUCCCGGAUUCCAAGCACAAAUUUGCGAACGAAGUUUACUCGGAGAGGUCCAGUUUCAGUUACAAAUCUCGGCCAUCCAAUCCCCGAAGAAGUCCAUAUCCAUCAAAUCCCACAAAUCAUAAUCAAAAACCACCCAAGGCACAGAAAACGGUCGAGUUUAAGGAAGUGUAAGUUCAUUUUCAUUAUUCUUUUUAAAAAAUAUUUUUUUGCGGUAAAAAUUUUAUCAAUUUUGUAACUUUGAAUUAUCAAAACUCGAAAAGUAAUUUGCUUGCAUUAAAACAGAUAACCGAAUAUCGUUUAGAGAGAAGCCCAGGAGUAUCCCCACCACCCCCGUCACACCCGUCAACAAUUCCCCACCAACUCCGACCAACAAUAACAAUAAUAACACCCCCUUUCCUCCAGUCAAAUCAGCCAUGAAGCCAAUAUCGAAAUGGAAAGCGCGAGAAGAAAAGGAAGAAGAAGCCGAAGUACAUCAAGAUGCUAAUCAUGAUACCACCAAGUUUGGAGAGACCGACUUCCCUUGCCUGAUCGAAGAGGAACGGCCGGUGAAGACGGUGCAGAUAAAAGAGACCAAAAAGCCCCAAUUUAAUGCAGUGGUGGCCAGAAAACAUCAACCACCACCUCCCAAGGUCGAAGACAAACGCAGGACAUAUGCACAGACAGUUAAGAAGUGCUAA